GGCUACGGGCACGCCGCUCCCAGCACGGACGGCGGGAAGGUUUUCUGCAUGCUCUACGCCCUGCUGGGCAUCCCGCUGACGCUGGUGAUGUUCCAGAGCCUGGGCGAGCGCAUCAACACCUUGGUGCGCUCGCUGCUGCGCCGCCUCAAGAAGCGCCUGGGCAUGCGGCGGCCGGAGGUGUCGAUGGCCAACAUGGUGACCAUCGGCUUCUUCUCGUGCGUCAGCACGCUGUGCGUCGGCGCCGCCGCCUUCUCGCACUACGAGAACUGGAGCUUCUUCCAGGCCUACUACUACUGCUUCAUCACGCUCACCACCAUCGGCUUCGGCGACUACGUGGCUCUGCAGAAGGACCAGGCGCUGCAGACUCAGCCGCAGUACGUGGCCUUCAGCUUCGUCUACAUCCUGGCGGGGCUGACGGUCAUCGGCGCCUUCCUCAACCUCGUGGUGCUGCGCUUCAUGACCAUGAACGCCGAGGACGAGCGCCGCGACGCCGAGCAGCGGGCGCUGCUCAGCCGGGCCGGCCAGCCGGGCGCCGUGGCCGCCGUCCCCGAAGCCACCGCGGUGGCCACGGCAGAGAGCGGCUUCAGGAACGUCUACGCCGAGGUGCUGCACUUCCAAUCCGUGUGCUCGUGCCUGUGGUACAAGAGCAGGGAGAAGUUGCAGUAUUCCAUCCCCAUGAUCAUUCCCAGGGAUUUGUCCAGCUCGGAUACGGGCGUGGAGCGCAGCCAUUCCUCGCCCGCCCGUUGUCCCGAGACUCCGGAGCACCGGUGUUUCUGCCGGCCGCGCCGUUCCGCCAUCAGCUCCGUGUCCACCGGGCUCCAGAGCCUGGCGGCCUUCCCGGGAUUCGCCAAGCGCCGCAGCUCCGUGUAGGCCCUUUCACCCUCCCCCCACCCCUUCACCCUCCUGGACUCUGCAACGACACCGGAGCCAGACCGACCCGGUUCGCCCCGGCGUGGAUUUUAAUAUCGAACCUCUUGGUUUAAUGGAUUUUAAUUUCACCACCAA